AUGUCUUCUCUCCAAUCAGCUACUGCACUGCUUCACCACGCGGGAUCCGCAACUGCCGGCGCUAGUAACGCUCUGGCCACUAGUAGCGCCGCGAUUCGCGCCGGGAAAUCCGCACACGAUUCGUCGAUUUCCUUGCCAUCAAGCUUCCUUCCUCGCCUCGAUUCGACGCUCACCACCACCACUUCCUCCACCUCAUAUUCGUCACUCCCUUCCCCUUCUUUUAUCGCCGUCCGAUCGGCAUCUGCGAGUGCGGCGGGACCCGCCGCAAUUUCCGGCGGCCAAUCACAGAACGGUGCCGUCCGGGACCGGGUGAUCGCGAUCCCGGAUCUCGAGGAGGAUUUCGCGCCGGAGGUGAACGGGACGUUCGGGAAGGGCGGCAGCGCGGAGGACGAUGCGGCCGCCGUACGCGGCGGAUUAAUCGACGGCGGGCUCGUGUACAGGGAGCGGUUCGUCAUCCGGUGCUACGAAGUCGGCGUUAAUCGAAAGGCUUCUAUGGAGACCAUCGCGAAUCUGCUGCAGGAAAUAGGGUGCAACCACGCGCAGAGCGUGGGGUUCUCCAAUGACGGUUUCGCCACCACGCCAGCGAUGCUUGCGAAUCGCCUCAUCUGGGUUACCACUCGCACGCACAUCGAGAUGUACAAGUAUCCCAAAUGGGGUGACGUGGUGGAGAUUGACACGUGGUUCCAGGAUGGCACCAUCAUGUCGCGCCGUGAUUGGAUCAUCCGCUUCGGCCACACAGGGGAGGUCAUCGGUCGAGGCACCAGCUCAUGGGCCAUGAUGAAUCGCGACAAAAGGCGUCUCUCCAAGGUGCCUGCAGACGUGUGUGCCUCUUCCCCAACACUCUUCCCCUCACCUGCCUCUUCUCUACCCUCCUUCCCCCCCCUUACCAUCAGCUCAUGGGCCAUGAUGAAUCGCGACACAAGGCGCCUCUCCAAAGUGCCACCCUUCUGCUCAUGUGCGCGCCCCUUCCUCCCUGCCCCCUCGCUCCCCCUUCCCUGCUCUCCCCAAGGCGCCUCUCCAAGCCUAGGCGCAGCGAUUUGGACAUGA